AUGCAAGCUUAUGUGGCUGUGAUUUUCGCGUAUGGAGUGUCUGCACUCAAUAUCACAGAGGAGAAGGCAUCGUGCCCCCUUGGAUUUUUCCCCUGUGGCAACCUGACCGUGUGCCUGCCUCAGCUCAUGCACUGCAACGGCAUCGAUGACUGUGGAAAUCAAGCGGAUGAGGAGAACUGUGGAGAUAAUAAUGGAUGGCCCCAUCUUUUCGACAAGUAUUUUGGAAUGCCAAGCUAUAACACUGGGACCAAGUCCAAUGUGUGCUUGCUGGGUGUCGUUCCUGAGCUCUGCCAGUGCAGAGACCUGGAGCUGGACUGUGACGGCGCACAGCUUCAAGAUAUCCCUGUGGUGGCGAUGAAUGUCACCAUGAUGUCCCUACAAAUGAACCAGCUUCAGAUACUGAGGGCAAACACAUUCUUUAAGUACCAGAACCUACAGAAACUAUAUCUCCAGCACAACAGGAUCCGAGAUGUGAGUCCUGACGCAUUCAGAGGGCUGUACAAUUUAACAAGGCUAUAUCUGAGCUACAACAAGAUAUCUGUCCUGAUGCCUGGGGUGUUCCGGGACCUGCAUAAGCUGGAGUGGUUGAUCCUGGAAAAUAACAACAUCCAUCAAAUAUCCUCCAUGACCUUUUCUGGACUAAACUCCCUUGUUUUACUGGUUUUGUUGAACAACUCUUUGACAAAGCUGGAUGACAUCUGUCGAGAAAUGCCAAGAUUGAACUGGCUGGAUUUGGAGGGAAAUCUCAUUGAAACUAUUGGAAAUGUCUCAUUACACUCAUGCAGUAUGCUGACAGUUCUGGUUUUGCAGCGGAACGAGAUCAGCAAUAUACACGAACAGGCUUUCUCAGUCCUCCAAAAGCUCGGAGAAUUGGAUCUAUCCAACAACAGACUGGUGGCGAUCCCUCCCAAUCUCUUUGUCUUACUGGGGGAUUUGCUCCAACUGAAUAUAUCAUACAAUCCCAUUGUGGAGCUCCAAGUUGACCACUUUGACAAGUUGCAUAAACUGAAGUCAUUGAGCAUUGAAGGAAUUGAAAUUGAAAACAUACAACGGAGGAUGUUUGAACCUCUCAAAUAUUUGACUCAUAUCUACUUCAAGAAAUUCCAAUACUGCGGCUAUGCUCCUCAUGUGCGAAGCUGCAAACCCAACACAGACGGCAUCUCGUCCUUCGAGGACCUGCUGGCCAACAUCGUGCUGAGGGUCUUCGUCUGGGUGGUCUCUGCCACCACCUGCUUCGGCAACAUCUUCGUCAUCUGCAUGCGCUCCUACAUCCGAUCAGAGAACAAACUCCAUGCCAUGUGCAUCAUCUCCCUCUGCUGUGCAGAUGGGCUGAUGGGAAUUUACCUUUUCAUGAUCGGUGCAUAUGAUCUGAAGUUCCGUGGCGAGUACAACCGGCACGCUCAGGCUUGGAUGGACAGCAGUCAGUGUCAGGUCAUUGGAUCUUUGGCCAUGUUGUCCACUGAGGUAUCAGUCCUUCUCCUCACGUACCUCACUCUGGAGAAAUAUAUCUGCAUCGUCUACCCUUUCCAGUACUUGACUCCUGGCUGGCGACGAACUGUCACCAUCCUUCUCGGGAUAUGGGUGUUUGGCUUUAUUGUUGCCUUCCUGCCCCUGGCCUGCAAGGGGCUGUUUCGCAACUUCUACGGGACCAAUGGAGUUUGCUUUCCACUGCAUUCUGAGCAGCCAGAGACACUUUGGGCACAUGUUUACUCCAUUGUCAUCUUCCUGGGUCUGAACUUGGUGGCAUUCCUCAUCAUUGUCCUAUCCUAUGCAAGCAUGUUCUAUAACAUCCAGAGAACAGGGACUCAGACCACUAAAUACAGCAACCACAUCAAGAAAGAGGUGACCAUCGCCAAAAGGUUCUUCUCUAUUGUCAUUACUGACUCCCUUUGCUGGAUCCCCAUUUUCAUCCUCAAGAUCCUGUCACUGCUGCAGGUGGAGAUUCCCGGUACUAUCAGCUCCUGGGUGGUCAUAUUUAUUCUCCCUAUUAACAGCGCCCUUAACCCCAUCCUUUACACGCUGACCACACGGCCCUUCAAAGAGACCAUUUUGCAGGUAUGGGCUAAUUACAGGCAGAAGAGGCCUCUGCUCAGUGGUCACCAAGCUCAUCAUCCGUCGCUCACCUGGCAGGAAAUGUGGCCCCUGCAGGAGAACAGCCACGGCCUCACCAUGGGGCACCCGCUGGAGCCAACAGGCACGCUAGCCAAGCUCACCCCGGUGGAAAACCCCAACGAGGGAUACAAUGACAUUACCACGUGCACACAGCAACAGAAGCAACAUACAGUGCUGUCAGUAUGCUCACAGAAACAAACAGCGCCACACACACUCGCACACACCCACAUAUACACACAAACAAAUGAACUCAUCUAGGUAUCGAACAGCAGCUACACAGAUUUGUUCAUAAUGUCAUCAAAGAGUCACCCUUAACAGAUGAUUCAGGUACAUUCAUCUCGACAAAGUGUUUGACCUUUUACUAAUACUGUUUUUAAAGGGACAGUCCUUGAUUUGUGCCCAGAUUUGUCCUAAAAAUAAUUCAUCUUCAUUAGAGUUAGUGGAAAUCCCACUGUGUGCAUGUCUUGACCAAGCAGCAGCCAUCAUAGCAAUGGGUGAAGUCAGUGUGGAAAUCCCUUAUGUGGCAGUACAGUUCAUCUAAUGAACACUACACUCCGAAAAGAUAUUAGUACAGAGCAUAAGUCAUGCCCCGCCUAUGGUUUAGCUUUUAUUCCACUUGGUCUCGGUUUAAUUUCUCACAAAGGGCUUCUUUCAUUAUUCUUUCUGAAGGCUGAAACAUUAUAUAUUGUCCAUACUCUUAGCUGAAUAUUCAUCUACUACUAUACUGGCAAGUAAAAUGUUGACAACUUAUCAUUUCUAUUAGUGAUGAAC